AUGGGUCAAUACAUUUCUACUUUGAAGAGACAUAUCCGAGCUUCGGACAGGCGAACUCGGAAUCUAAAGGGUCUUGGGCACAAGUCCAAUAGCCUUGCAGAUUCUCCGGGGUCCGAUAGCGACAGUGGCAAGCCAAAACAAGAUCUAGCAGCCACCCUUCGACCGAUCAUCACCUCAUUCGUCUCCGACAUUGGCUGCAUUGACCCUGCGCCAGAACCAACUGAAGCUUUAUGGGUUGCCAUGCGAGCCUACGCCGAUCAGCUGGGGGUAAACUAUGACAAAGACACUCACUCUUGGAAUUGCUUCCAGAUGGGGAUUACCUAUUCAGCUGCCUGCUUCCCAAAGCACUCACUAGAGGUUCAAGUCUACAUCGGCACGUAUACCUGGCUUGGAAUACUCAUCGACGACGAAACCUCAAAAUCACCAGAGGAUUGCUCAAAAUUUAUCGAACGUUUUGCGGCAGAACAGACGCAGCCUACACCCCUCCUCGAGGGAUGGGCAGAACUUAUGCGUCUGGCAUUCAAAUACUGGGACCCGGUGGUGGCCAACUUCAUCGUCACAGCCUCACUUAACUUUGUCAAUGCAAACGUCCUCGAGAACCGGCAGGAGUUCAAGAAACUCAAGCCAACCAAGGGCGGCAAGAAGUGGCCCUGGUUUAUGCGUGACAAGGACGGCGUUUCAGACGCGUAUGCCCUUUUCACGUUCCCCAAGGAUCAGUACCCAGACAUGUCGAACUACCUAGAAAUGAUUCCUGAUAUGUCUUGCUAUCUAGCUUUGACUAAUGACAUUCUGUCAUUUUACAAAGAGGAAAGAAACGGCGAAGUGGACAAUUAUAUACACGGUCGUGCCUGGUAUGAGAAUAAGGAAGCUACUCAGGUUCUUGAAGACGUCAUUAGUGAAGUCAAGGAAGGCAUUCGUCGCAUACGUGUCGUUCUCGAUGGAAGAGAGCCAUACCUACAGGCUACCAACGACUAUAUACUGGGUUAUGUCGCUUUUCACAAGUUUGUCAGGCGAUACAGACUAUGGGAGGUGGGCUUGGGCGAGCAUCAGGCGUAA